UGCAGGCUAAGCCCUGAUGUCUUUAGCACUGAGCUCAAGCAGCAAUAAAACAGGGCUACCCCUUUCCUUUUAGUUAUAUCCAGAGGCCAAUUUGAUAUGAAGAGUCCCCUCUGAGUGCUUGUGAGUGCAGUCUGCAAAUACCGGUACAAGCAGGGAGGCUUUGUAAAACAGGCUUGCCAGGUACUGAUUUUAUUUUCAGCAGACUUCCAAGAGGAAAAUCAGAGUUUGAGCAAUAGAUAAUUGACUUUGCUGCUGGUUUGCAAGCAACAGCGGUGUUAAAUGCAAUGCAUCCCUCCAUGGUUACCUCUAAAUGAGCAGGAGCCCUAUUAACAGCCUCUCUCGGUCCAUGCCAUCCUCCUCUCCCUGUAAGUACAGGUGGCUGCAGAUCUGUCGCCUUUCCCAUUUCCCUCUCCUGCCUUCGGAGCUGAUAUGUUUCUUUUGCGCUUUGCAGAAACUCGAAGGGUCCAAGUGCAAGGGGCAGCUUUUGAUAUUUGGAGCAACCAACUGGGACCUGAUUGGCCGUAAAGAAGUGCCUAAGCAGCAAGCUGCUUACCGUAAUCUGGGCCAGAACUUGUGGGGGCCGCACAGGUAUGGGUGUCUCUCAGGGAUUCAGGUACGGACCGUGGUUUCGGGACCAUGCGCGGCUCACAGUCUCCUCAUCACCACAGAGGGCAAGCUGUGGAGCUGGGGGCGUAAUGAGAAAGGGCAGCUGGGACACGGAGAUACCAAGAGAGUGGAUGCUCCCAAACUCAUCGAAGUUCUCAGCAGCGAGGUGAUUGUGUUGGCAGCUUGUGGACGAAACCACACGCUCGCUCUGACGGAGACUGGCUCGGUAUUUGCAUUUGGAGAGAACAAGAUGGGACAGCUUGGCCUUGGUAACCAGACAGAUGCAGUUCCCAGCCCUACUCAGAUAAUGUACAACGGGCAGCCAAUUACCAAAAUGGCCUGUGGGGCUGAAUUCAGCAUGAUAAUGGACUGCAAAGGAAACCUCUAUUCCUUUGGGUGCCCUGAAUAUGGACAGCUGGGGCACAACUCCGACGGGAAGUUCAUCGCCCGCGCUCAGAGGAUAGAGUACGACUGCGAGCUGGUGCCGCGGCGCGUCGCCAUCUUCAUUGAGAAGACAAAAGACGGGCAGAUCCUUCCUGUCCCCAACGUGGUCGUGCGAGAUGUCGCUUGUGGCGCCAACCACACACUUGUUUUAGACUCCCAGAAGCGCGUCUUCUCCUGGGGCUUUGGUGGGUAUGGCCGGCUGGGCCAUGCCGAGCAGAAGGAUGAGAUGGUGCCAAGGCUGGUCAAGCUCUUCGACUUCCCAGGGCGUGGGGCAGCUCAGAUCUACGCUGGAUAUACCUGCUCCUUUGCUGUCAGCGAAACAGGUGGCCUCUUUUUCUGGGGGGCCACAAACACAUCCCGCGAGUCGACCAUGUACCCCAAAGCUGUGCAAGAUCUCUGUGGCUGGAAAAUCCGCAGCUUGGCCUGUGGGAAGAGCAGUAUUAUUGUGGCUGCAGAUGAGAGCACAAUCAGCUGGGGUCCAUCUCCAACCUUCGGUGAACUGGGCUACGGGGACCAUAAACCCAAGUCCUCUACUGCAGCUCAAGAGGUGAAAACCCUAGAUGGGAUUUACACAGAACAGGUGGCCAUGGGCUAUGCCCACUCCCUGGUGAUAGCCCGAGAUGAAAGCGAAGCGGAGAAAGAGAAGCUAAGGAAGCUGCCGGAGUACACCCCACGCACCGUCUGACGAGGCCAGGGACCCGCGCGCUUACCGAGGCAGCUCUCCUUUCCGAUGUGCACUGGGACGCAACGUUGUACGAAGAGAUUACAGACCGACAUCGAGACCAGACCGAUGUGUUUUGUUAGACUUCCCGAGGUUCAGUUUUAUAAGCGAUUCGCAGUUUUAACUACCUGUUACUGUAAGAUUUAAUUUUUUUUUUUCCAAAGUGUUUUUUGUUUCUUUUAAAUGUUUAAAAUAUUUGCUUGUUGCUGACAAGUUCCCAUUCUGAUGCAAAUGGCAGGACCUUUUGGCAUAUAUGUUAGUUAGACCACUUAUUUUUGGCUAGCGAUAGAACAGUACCUGGCACAGGAGAAGGUCCAACGUGUUGCUUGUUGUAUUUAACGGAGGAAAAUCCCUGCUGUGAGCCAAGAGCUCAAGGGGUAGAUUUUUCCCAAAGGCACAAAUGCCACCUUACACCUCCCCACCAAGGGAAAUUCAGUACCAAAAACCCAGCUGUGCCUGUGGGAAUCUACCUCCAGGGUUCUGGGACCACUUCUCUGGUGAACGGGGGAUACCCAAAAGUUGGCUUGAAGAGAGCGCUCUAGAAAUAAGCUUCCACUUUCAUUUUUCUUUUUUUUUCUUUUUUUAAGAUGGUGGCCUCCCUUGUAUUUCCAGGGGGUUGCCAGAGAAAAAGAGUAUAUAAAUCACAGGACUGACUCCUACCUGUUUCUUGGCUUUCUCAUUUCACGUUUUGAAACGAGCACCCUUUUUGUGCUAUCUGAUUCUUCUGUCCCCUUCCCUACCAGUUUUAAAACCCAGUUCGCCUGAUUAAAACAACUGUAGGUCGACAUUUUCAAAGGUGGCCCUGUGGUUUGGAUGCCUUCAUUUACAGGUACCCAACAGAGACGUGUUGGACCCACUCUUCUGGAGGUGCUGAGACUCAGCGCAGGGGCUUGGCACCUCUGGCAUAUCAAGCUAUGCAGGUGUCAGGUUGGCCACCCACAACAAGCCAGGGUUUGCUUUUAAAUAUGUUGUCACUAAUGAGUUUCCCCGAGUGCGGAUUCGCGACAGGGUGAGGCUUUGACAGCAGCUUGCUGCCGAAUGGCUCAAGUCUCCAGAAAUGAGCCCAGGUGAAGACCCCUCUUCCAACCCCCUUGAAUUUGGCAGCGAGGAGGUGAAGUCUAGAUUUAAACACUUUCUGGCUCCAUGAAUGCAAAGUUGAACCCCUGCCUGCAUCUUUGCAGUGUCCAGGCCUCGGGCAGCUGAGAAGUUAGCGUUAGUCAGCCCCUUUUUCCAUCGCAGCCUGCACUCUGUCCCCUUAAAUUUCAACAAAAAUCUUUUUUUCCAGAAGAGCUUCCACCAUUUUUGACCAGUACUUGCAGGGAGAUCUCAAUUUAUCUUCAUGGCUUUGGGGGUUAUUGCCGCCUCCUGAACCCUGUCCGUCCACUCAAACCCAGUUUCUCCAGACUGGAGGUUGGGCAGGUUCGGGUCACUCUCUGCUGGUGUCGCUGGAGAAAACUCUGUCGACAUCAACGUACAUAAGCGCAGCUCCAUCAGGAGGGCAUCUCUGCACUUGUCUUUUGUCCAGCUGUUGAAACCAAUUGGCUUUUCUGGCAGAGAUGCUAAGAGUCCAUGGGCAGCUCUCCCCAGGAGUGGUGAUCCGAUAUCUGCCAAAAGUUCCUCCUGUGCCGAGGCUCUGCGCUGUGCUGGAGAAACAAGGUGCCUUUUCGCAGAGUGCUCUGCUCUGUCUCCACGCACGCACACACACGAAGAUGGUUUUUCCUUUCUGAUUUCACUUGGCAAGUUGCACUGAUUUCUAGAGGCAACAUUUGCUGACAUGCUGUUACAUGGUGGUUCUGGGAUUCUUGCAGUACUUAUUGAAAGUUUUUGGGUGUUUUUUUUUUUUUUUGAAUUUUUCAUUUCAUUGUGUUAAGAGUUUAAAAACUCCUCGAACAUGGAGAGCAGCCGGGUGGAAAAGUCCCGCAGUUGGAUCUUUGUGCUGUUCUAACUUGCAGCUGUCGGCCUUCCCCACUUGCAAGAUCAGUGGCCUCCGUCUUGUCCAUAAAAAGAUCUUUCCACCCUCUUCUUCUGCAGUUAGUCGAUUGGUUUUAAUAGGAGUCUUUAAAUUGACUUCAAUAGAGAUCAGACUUGGGGGGGAAAAAAAUUCCUUGAGAGGUGGGAUAGUCCUCGAUAUACCAGUUAUCUAGUCACCUGCCUGGUCUCCGUAUGGUCAGGGUUGAAUGGUAGCAUCAAAAGACCAAGGAAACGGAAGUGACCCUUUUUUAUUAACAGGAGCAUGUGUGUGCAGCUGUUCAGCCACGUUCAAUCCUAAAUCUUUCCAUAAUGCACAACUUAUUUUGAGUAGCUGAUCUGAGGCGUCUAGAAUUUAUCAUGUUUCGGGUUGUAUUUUUUUUGGCGCUGUAAUAUCUUCCAGAAGCACCGAGUUCCUGCACUUCCACUUGAAAAAUUAGUGUCUCGGUCGUUCAGCACCUCGUCAAAUGGGGCUCUCAUGUCUCGCAUGGGACGGCCCAGGUCAGAAGGCCUUAAAGAAAAAAGCUGAGAGAGAUUUGUUCUGAGAGUUUGCUGAACUCCAGAUUCGCCUAAGCCUUUUCACCAAGUUGUAGUUAGGACCCGUCUUGUCACUUUUUUUUUUUUUUCUCUCUCUCUCUCUCCGGUUUGCAGUGCAGAAAUGUAUGAACUCCAGAAUAAGCAUCUCUUGGCAGACUCUGCAGUUCACGCUGGUGGCCAUUCAUGGAUGUCUGACCGGAGUGGACGGAGGUUUUAUCUUGUAACUGCUUGACAAGAUAGCAAACUUCAGCACUGGGAUUUGUAACUCUGGCCUUUCUGGGACUAGGUGACUGCAGGUGUUAGAAGCUGAGUUUCACCUAAAGCAUGGUGGGUGCGGGCUUGUUUAGUCGUUUUCUCUAACCGUCGAAAUCCACCCAGGAGAUGGUUUGGAGAAAAUAGCAAAACAUAAAAUUGUCCCCCAAAUUGCAAACCCAAAGGGAGCCGUCCCUUUGAAUGCAAUCGUGGACUUAUUACAAGUUAAACGAUACUUGGGUCCUCAUUAACUUUUCCCCCUCAGUUGCCUUCUCCUUGUUCUGACAGUGUGAAAGUGAAGGAGGGCCUAAGAAAAAGGAUCUUGGCAGAAUUUUUUUUUAAUUUUAGGUGAGAUGAAAGGUUCCUGGUUUAGUGCUGUAAUUGUCUUCUCAUGUUUUUUAUAUUUCUUGGAGUAAAUGUUUAAAUAAACGACGUCAUUGUGUACA